ACAGAAAAGCUGGAGACUUGGAGUUGCUUAAAUAGGCGACUUGUGUUGUGGCGGCAAUAGACACUUGUCGCCUCCAUCGAAGACCAGGCCACCCGAGCUCGGAGAAAGGACACUUCCCGAUUUUCCUCAGAGGAGAAAAAAAAAAAGGAAAAGCGAGACUGCUAAAUUCAUAGAAUUGGGUUCAAUUGGGAAAAGAUAAAGAACUACUAGGUUGGCUCAGCUAUUGGCACCAAUUCAGGACUUUCAAUUAUGGGGUCUCAUUUAAACUUCAAAAGCUUUGGUGAUAUGCCCCUGGGAGAAGGGAAUAGUGGGAAGUCACCGGGCAGUUUUACAUUGACUCGACAGUCUUCGUUGUACUCAUUGACAUUUGAUGAGUUACAGAACACCUUCAGUGGACCUGGAAAGGAUUUUGGAUCAAUGAACAUGGAUGAACUUUUGAAAAGUAUAUGGACUGCUGAAGAAGGUCAAGCAGUGACAUCUGCAGCUGGAGGCGCUGAAGGAAAUGUCACUGGUGGGAACUUGCAGAGGCAAGGAUCAUUAACUUUGCCAAGGACCUUAAGUCAAAAAACUGUCGAUGAGGUUUGGAGGGACUUCAUGAAAGAAACUGUUGGUGUUAAGGAUGGGAGUACUGUUGGGGGAGGAGGAUCAAAUAUGCCACAAAGACAACCGACUUUGGGAGAGAUGACUUUGGAGGAGUUCUUGGCGAGGGCAGGAGUUGCAAGAGAAGAUACGCAACAAAUUGGAAGGCCUAUUGAUAGUGGAUUUUAUGCUGAAUUGUCAAAACCCAACAACAAUGCUGGUUUGGUUCUUGGGUUUCAACAGGCCAAUCAAAACAAUGGUCUAGUAGCUAAUCGGAUGAUGGAAAAUAAUAAUUCAGUUCCUCUCCAACCUCAUAGUUUCGCACUGAAUGAUGGUGGAAUCAGAUCAUCUCAGCAAUACCCUCAGCAGUUGCUGCUGCAGCAACAGCAGCAGCUGCACCACCAUCAGCCCUUGCAGCAACGUCAUCAGCAGCCAAUAUUUCCUAACCAAGCAACCGUGGCGUUUUCCUCUCCUAUGCAUUUGGCGAGCAGUGCUCAGCUUGCUAGCCCAUCAGUAAGGCCCUCAGCUGUUGGCACAGUAGACCCCUCUCUGAACAAUAAUUUGGCCCAGGUUUCUGGGUUGGAGAGUGGGGGAAUGAAGAUGGUUGGUUUAGGAGCUGGGGGUAUUACUGUUGCCUCAGGAUCUCCAGCAGGUCAGUUAUCACCUGAUGUGAUUGCAAAGAAUAAUGUAGACACACUAUCACCGGUACCUUAUGUGUUUACCCGGGGAAGAAAAGCCAACCCUGCUGUAGAGAAAGUAGUUGAGAGAAGGAAAAAGAGAAUGAUUAAAAACAGGGAGUCAGCUGCAAGAUCGAGAGCUCGGAAGCAGGCCUAUACCUUGGAAUUGGAAGCAGAAAUUGCAAAACUUAAAGAAUCGAAUGAAGAACUGCAGAGAAAACAGGUGGAAAUUAUGGAAAUGCAGAAAAAUCAGAUUAUAGAGUCAGUCCAUCGGCCGUGGGGACUUAAAAGACAAGGCUUGAGGAGGACAUGUACAGGCCCUUGGUAGAGUAAAUUUGGUUUGAAGGCUGUAGAACUUCUCUAGAUAGUGUUGGACUGUGCAUCUGUGACUUGUCUUGUACUUCAAACAGUAGGUAGAAGUUGAGUAGGAGAUUAGGUGGUUCAGUUGUGUAUCAUGCACUAUACUAGUUCAGAGAUGCAGAUCAAACCUUAUAUCCUUGUGCGCUCUGUUUGCUUCUCAUUUUACCAGUGAGGCUGUGGAGUACUGUAACAAGAAGUAUGCUUUGUUAUAUGACACUGCUAUACAUCUUGAUUUGAGACAAAUAAUAGAAAUUUGUUUACCUCA